GACUGCAUCAAGAUGAGCACUUGAUAAAUAAGAUCCAUAAAACUAGCACCAUCAUCUGGUAUAGGAUAUAAUUUCUCCUCGCACAAGCAUCACUAUCUCCUUUGCUUUAGCUAACAUCUCUCUUCCUGAAAACAGAACACAAAAAGCGGAAAGCGGAGGUUUCAAAAAGAGAUCUUCAACACUCCCCCAUCCAAGUAGCCGGUCCUCUUACGGAUUCUAUCACACGCACAAGAAGAAGAUUGGUUGACCAUACCACUACCCAAUAACCCAACCCCGCAAACACCCCUCCCCCCUUACCUCUCCCUUUAAAAUACACCUUUCCCUUCGUUUCCUCUGCUCUUCCCACACCCCUCCCCCCAUCCUCUUCCGACCCAAUUGCCACCAUCAUUAGUAGUCAUGAGACCAUCACCCAUGCAUUGCCAUAGACAACAGAACGUCGGCUUCCUUAAACUCUUCAUGGUCUUAGUACUCAGCGGUAUCGCCAUGCAUGUUUCUGACCCUGACGUGCCUUCCUCCCUCAGAACACUAGCUCUCGAGGGCCAUCUCAGCUUCCAUAAUAUCUCCCAUGCCGCCAAAGACUUCGGCAACCGCUUCCAAUUCUUACCAUCAGCAGUCCUUUAUCCUCGAUCAGUUGCCGAUAUCUCAGCCACGGUAAAGCAUGUCUUUCAAAUGGGCCCGCGCUCCAAGCUCGCGGUUGCAGCUCGAGGCCAUGGGCAUUCGCUGCAAGGCCAGGCUCAAGCGCCUGGGGGUGUUGUCGUCCACAUGAAGUAUCUUCGAGCAACCGAGACCCAGGUGCAUGCCGGAGAUUUCCCAUAUGUCGAUGCCUCCGGAGGUGAACUGUGGAUCCAUGUUCUACUGGAGAGCCUUAAGCAUGGCCUCGCACCGAAAUCCUGGACUGACUACCUCCACCUUACCGUCGGGGGCACGCUGUCGAAUGCUGGGAUCAGUGGGCAGGCCUUCCGGCAUGGGCCGCAGAUCAGCAACGUCCACCAGCUGCAAGUUGUAACAGGAACAGGAGAAAUAACGAACUGCUCUACCAAGGAGAAUGCUGACCUCUUCUUUGGUGUUCUUGGAGGUUUAGGUCAGUUUGGAAUCAUCACCAGGGCCAGAAUUGCACUUGAACCAGCCCCAAAGAUGGUGAAGUGGAUAAGAGUUUUAUACUCGGAUUUCACCAGCUUUACUGAGGACCAGGAAAUGCUAAUAUCAGAAGAGAAGACUUUCGACUACAUCGAAGGCUUUGUAAUAAUAAACAGGACAGGACUUCUGAACAAUUGGAGAUCUUCGUUCAACCCGAAGGACCCUGUUCAAGCCGGCCAAUUCAACUCCGACGGGAGGAUCCUGUUCUGCCUUGAGAUGACUAAAAACUUCAAUCCCGACGAAACUGAGAUGAUGAACCAGGAAGUUGAAACACUUCUGUCUAAACUUCGGUACAUACCAUCCACCUUGUUCCAGUCAGAGGUGUCGUACAUGGAGUUCUUGGACAGAGUACAUGUCUCUGAAGUGAAGUUGAGGUCCCAAGGCUUGUGGGAAGUUCCACACCCAUGGUUAAAUCUUCUCAUACCAAGAACCAGAAUCCAUGACUUCGCUAAAGAAGUCCUAGGCAAAAUUCUUACUGAUAGCAGCAAUGGUCCCAUACUCCUGUAUCCACUUAACAGAUCCAAGUGGGACAAUAGAACAUCAGCGGUCAUUCCAGAUGAGGAAGUCUUCUACCUGGUGGCAUUCCUUUCCUCGGCACCGUCUUUAUCAGAUCAUGACAGUUUAGAGCAUGCACUGAAACAGAACGAUAAGAUUUUAGACUUCUGUAAGAAAGCAGGUAUCAGAAUGAAGCAAUACUUGCCGCACUACACCACGAAGGAAGAGUGGAAAGCCCACUUUGGGGCCAGCUGGGAGAUAUUUGCCCGAAGGAAAGCUAUUUAUGAUCCCCUGUCCAUUCUAGCUCCAGGACACAGAAUUUUUCAGAAGAAAGCAGUAACUUUCACAGAGAAUUCACAGCAGAUGAUGUAAAAAGCCAUCGUAAAUAUAGUAGUUUAUGCAUACAAGGCCUUCACAGAUUGAGAAAGCAAGAAUAGUUAAUGCUACAAAAAGACUAGGAGGGAGGAUUACAAAUCCCUUUUAGAGCAAAUGACAACACCAGCAAAAACAAAAGAUCUAUAAAAAGAAUCUGGCCGCUUGAAAUCAUUUUCAAUAUGAUGUUAGACAACCACAUAUGUUACAAGAGAUCAGCACCAGAUCAGAUAGAAAAUAAGUUGGCAUGUAUAUAACUACAUUUAGCCAUAUCUCAGAUAAUUUAUAAUUUAUACGUUUCUUGCUUCUUCUUCUUUUUUUGAGUAAUGGUGGAGGAAGUAAAGGACUUCUAGUCAAUUGUAUUACAACUCAUAAUUAUGCACAAUCUCACUUAUUACAGUAUAUAGGAUAUUGGAUAUCAUAACUGUCACAUAUUGUAUGCACAAUCUUGAUAUAUCAGCUUAGAUCAAUCUCCAAAAAUCAUAGGAUCUAAUUGUUAUA